UAAAGAAGAAAUGAACUAUAUCCAAAUGAACCACCCCAACUACUCAUUAUGCAUGAUUUUCACAUUUUUAAUCUUAUCAAUACAAAUCGAAAAUAUCCCAAUUUCCGCCAUGUCAUUAUUCUUAAAUUCUCAAAAAAUUAAACGUGACAACGAAAACCAUUUUCCGCUAUCACCAACUAUUGUUGAUGAAAUCGACACACCACUCAAAAGUUCUAUUGAUGCAGAUGGGACACACGGAUACAUUGGACUAGAGUUAAAUGAGGAUUCGGUUGAGGUCGUUGAUAAAAAUGCAAAAAAUGAUACUUUGGGUGGAAAUUAA